AUGAACGAGAAUGAACGAGAAAGGAACGAGAAGAAAAGAAACGAAGAGAACGGAAAGAGAACGGAAACGAGAACGGAAAGAGAAAUGAAAGAGAAAGGAAGAGAAAGGACGAACGAAACGAAACAACGAACGAACGACGAACGAACGAACGAACGAACGAAGAAC